GAUCAGUUCCAAGGCGCAAACUGGCACGCAGCCCUAAGUCUCAUUCCAUUUCCACACGCCUUUCCCUCUCGCUGAGAACCACGACGGCGACGACGACGACGACUGCAGAGCCAUCACUUUGUUCUUCCCAUAACGCUUUCCAUUUCCUCAAUCCUUAUCCUAUAAUUCUGGUCUUAUCGUGAUCCUGAUCGCCAUUCGUAUAUAAUCAUGGCUUCGGCCUCAGCAUCUGCGCUACUCAGAGUUUCGAGAGCGAGGCUAUUCACGCCGUCUUUUUGUUCCAGAUCCUUCCCCGCUUCUUCUACGAAGCUCUCUCCGCCUUCUUUUGCUAAUACUACUUACAGAUCUCUAAGUGGUUCAUCUGCUUUUCGAUCGGUCCCUCGCUGGAGUCACGGCGUACACUGGCGUUCUCCUCUCAGUCUUCGUGCUCAGAUCAGAGCUACUGCUCCUGCGAUUGAGCGUCUCCACCGAAAAUUUUCUUCCAUGGCUGCCGAAAAUCCUUUCAAGGAAAAUUUAACGAGCCUACCAAAGCCUGGAGGUGGAGAAUUUGGGAAGUAUUACAGCCUACCGUCUCUGAAUGAUCCGAGAAUUGAUAGACUGCCUUACUCCAUCAGAAUAUUGCUUGAAUCUGCAAUUCGGAACUGUGACAAUUUCCAAGUGAAAAAGGAAGAUGUCGAGAAAAUUAUUGAUUGGGAAAAUAGCUCCCCUAAGCAAGUUGAAAUUCCUUUCAAACCUGCUCGUGUCCUUUUGCAGGAUUUUACUGGGGUACCAGCGGUUGUUGAUCUUGCUUGUAUGCGUGAUGCCAUGAACAAACUUGGUAGUGAUUCCAAUAAAAUAAAUCCCCUGGUUCCCGUGGACCUCGUUAUUGAUCAUUCAGUUCAAGUUGAUGUAGCAAGGUCAGAAAAUGCAGUUCAGGCCAAUAUGGAACUUGAAUUCCAAAGGAACAAGGAAAGAUUUGCUUUCCUAAAAUGGGGGUCUAAUGCAUUCCAGAAUAUGCUUGUUGUUCCUCCUGGAUCUGGUAUUGUGCAUCAGGUUAAUUUGGAAUACCUUGGAAGAGUGGUUUUCAACACUAGUGGUCUGCUGUACCCGGAUAGUGUCGUUGGAACUGAUUCGCACACAACAAUGAUUGAUGGUUUAGGGGUUGCUGGUUGGGGUGUUGGAGGUAUUGAGGCAGAGGCGGCAAUGCUUGGACAGCCAAUGAGCAUGGUAUUGCCUGGUGUUGUUGGGUUCAAGUUAUCUGGAAAAUUACGCAAUGGGGUCACUGCUACUGACUUGGUUUUGACUGUGACACAAAUGCUGAGGAAGCACGGUGUAGUUGGCAAAUUUGUUGAGUUCUAUGGGGAUGGCAUGGAGGAGCUGUCAUUAGCUGACCGAGCCACUAUUGCAAAUAUGUCUCCUGAGUAUGGUGCAACUAUGGGCUUCUUCCCUGUGGAUCAUGUUACCUUGCAAUAUCUCAAGUUAACUGGAAGAAGUGAUGAAACUGUGUCGAUGAUUGAAGCUUACCUCCGGGCAAAUAAAAUGUUUGUUGACUAUAAAGAGCCUCAACAAGAAAAAGUGUACUCAUCUUACCUGCAAUUGGACCUUACGGAUGUAGAGCCAUGCAUUUCAGGACCAAAAAGACCCCAUGAUCGUGUGCCUUUGAAAGAAAUGAAGUCUGAUUGGCAUGCUUGCCUUGAUAACAAAGUUGGAUUUAAGGGAUUUGCUAUACCAAAAGAAGCACAGGAAAACGUGGCAAAGUUUUCAUUUCAUGGACAACCAGCUGAGCUAAAACAUGGUAGUGUUGUUAUUGCAGCCAUAACAAGUUGUACCAACACAUCAAACCCCAGCGUUAUGUUAGGGGCUGCUCUCGUAGCAAAAAAGGCUUGUGAACUUGGUUUACAGGUCAAGCCAUGGGUGAAAACAAGUCUUGCUCCAGGCUCUGGAGUUGUGACAAAAUACUUACUGAAGAGUGGACUGCAGCCUUAUUUAAAUCAGCAGGGCUUCCAUAUAGUUGGCUAUGGUUGUACAACCUGUAUUGGGAAUUCUGGGGAUUUGGAUGAAUCAGUAUCUGCUGCUAUAUCUGACAACGAUAUUGUUGCAGCUGCUGUACUCUCUGGGAACCGGAAUUUUGAGGGUCGUGUUCAUCCACUGACCAGAGCAAACUACCUUGCUUCACCUCCUUUGGUGGUGGCUUAUGCCUUAGCUGGCACGGUUGAUAUUGACUUUGAUAAGGAGCCAAUUGGAAAAGGGAAGGAUGGAAAGGAUGUCUAUUUCAGGGAUAUCUGGCCGUCGACAGAAGAAAUAGCUGAGGUUGUUCAAUCCAGUGUAUUGCCUGACAUGUUCAAAAGCACUUAUGAAUCUAUUACAAAAGGAAACCCAAUGUGGAACCAACUUUCAGUUCCUUCUGGCACCCUGUACUCAUGGGACCCCAAUUCCACCUAUAUUCAUGAACCUCCCUACUUCAAGAAUAUGACCAUGGACCCUCCAGGAGCACAUGGUGUUAAGGAUGCUUACUGCCUAUUAAAUUUUGGAGACAGUAUCACUACGGAUCACAUUUCCCCUGCAGGAAGCAUCCACAAGGACAGCCCUGCAGCAAAAUACCUUCUUGAGCGUGGAGUGGAUCGCAAGGAUUUCAAUUCUUAUGGAAGUAGGCGUGGUAAUGAUGAGGUGAUGGCAAGGGGUACAUUUGCCAAUAUCCGUCUUGUGAACAAGCUUUUAGAUGGUGAAGUGGGCCCGAAGACGGUUCAUGUUCCCACUGGAGAGAAACUUUCUGUCUUUGAAGCAGCAGAGAAAUACAAGUCAGCUGGUCAAGACACCAUUGUGCUGGCUGGGGCAGAGUAUGGAAGCGGAAGUUCUCGAGAUUGGGCGGCCAAGGGUCCAAUGUUGUUGGGGGUUAAAGCAGUUAUUGCCAAAAGCUUUGAGAGAAUUCAUCGUAGUAAUUUGGUGGGAAUGGGUAUCAUCCCACUUUGUUUCAAGUCUGGUGAGGAUGCUGACUCACUCGGAUUGACUGGACACGAGCGUUACACAAUUGACCUCCCGGACGACAUCAGUAAGAUAAGGCCUGGCCAAGACGUGACUGUCACCACUGAUUCUGGAAAAUCUUUCACUUGCACUGUUCGCUUCGACACUGAGGUGGAGCUUGCCUAUUUCAAUAACGGAGGAAUCCUUCCAUACGUUAUUCGGAAUCUCAUUAAGCAAUGAGUAACUUCAGGAGUCUCUGAUUAAGCAGCAGGGGGGCUUUGUCGUGAACUCGCCCUGUUUUUUUAUUCCCCAUUUUCAUCAAUAAGGGAAAAGAAAAACCCUGGUGGGACUCAAUUUUUUUUUGAAUAGAGAGCGAUGCAAGCAUGUUUGCCUGUCAAGAACUGUUGAGGUUGUUGUAUUUAUUCCAAUAGUAACAAAUACUUUCACCUGCCAGUUUCCACUCUUUUAAUUAUUGAGUGGGUUAACUACGCUGCAGAAAUCGAGAUGGAUGGUUGGAUCCA